AGUCCAGUUCCCGGUCGUGCACGUCUCCGAGGUCGUCCCCGACAACCAGCGCGUGACCGGCCAGUCGUUCCUGUCCCAGCACGACUCGCCCGGCGCCGAGUGGGUCCUGCAGAGGGGCGUGUUCGAGGAGGUGGUCACGUGGCUGCCCGAGCUGCUGGUCACGUGCCCCUCCGACCCGUCGCAGUGGGCGCGCUGCUACAUCCUCCUCGGCUUCAAGACGCUCGAGGGAGAGCUCGACCCGAAGAUGGAGGGGGCUGUGGCGCGAGUGGACGGGCGCCCUCUACAUCUACUGCAACGUGUCCGACGACCUGGGCCUCAAGCGGCUGUCGUUCUUCCGGCGGCGCUCGAGGCCGCACCCGGCCAUCUUCUCGUACGUGGUGCUGGUCGAGCUGGACACGGUCACCAAGGACAACUGCCUGCAUCUCCUCGACUUCGUUUACCGCAUGAAGAUGAGGAACAUGAGCGGCUACAUCUCCGUGUAUCAGGAGUGCCUGCCCUACAUCAACAACAUGAGCAGCUCCAACAACAACAACAGCAACAACAACAACAGCAGCAGCAGGGCAAGCUCGCCGAAGCCGUCGCCGAGCGCGGCUGACGGCGGCCGCGUCGACUCCCCCAUGCUGGACCUCAACAGGAUCAGCAUUUAGGGCUGCUUUCCUCCGUCAGCCUCCCCCCGGUCAGCCGUGCCUCGAGCCGAGGGCCUGUCGUCAGAUCACUCGGUUGGUGAAUCUCGAUGAACAGUUUCACUGCAGAGGGGAAACGGGUUGUUUCAAUGUGCCUUUUCAGUGAUCCAUUUUUUGUGGUUGACCAUGUCUGUGAAAAACAGAAAUGACGAGGGGAACCAACCUGGUCUUAUGUUUUGGUUUAUAUUUAUUCUUGUGGUUGAAUUCUGUUUAUUCCCUUUGUGGUUUUAGAGCCAACUACCUUUUGAUAUUAACACUGCGUUACUGUUGCUGUCCCUGUGACCGUUGGUGGAGGGACAUGGUAUCGGCAGUAGAUUAUUGUUAUAAGAAUGUCUUUCCGAGAAACUGCCUUAAUGUUUCCAAAGAAGAUUUUCUGCAAAAUGUAAACGCGGAAUUCAAGUAAAAAAAUUGUGUACCUGCUACCCUCAAGACCUUGUGCAACUUUAUAAUUCUAACCCUCUAUUUCCAGGCACCUUAUGCAAGAGGAAAGCCUUUUUAAUAUAUAACGUUUUUCAUGACCCAGUUCCUGGUGGUAUUUUUUCUUGCAAAGUCCCUAUGCACUGUUGGCAUAUUAGGAAAAUAUGAAUCUUUAUGCACGUAGCAUAGUUUACCAUUCAAUGGUCGCAUUUUUUAUGAGAGCUGAGAAAGCAACAAAUGAAAUGCAGAAAACCAUAAAAGAAAAUUUUUUGAUAGUACCAAAUUUCCAAAUAAAAUGAGGAUUUGA